AUGGCCAGAACAAAGCAAACCGCUCGUAAGUCUACCGGAGGAAAAGCUCCCAGGAAGCAGCUGGCCACAAAGGCUGCCCGCAAGAGCGCCCCGGCUACCGGUGGCGUCAAGAAGCCUCACCGCUACAGGCCCGGCACCGUAGCCCUGAGAGAGAUCCGUCGUUACCAGAAGUCCACUGAGCUGCUCAUUCGCAAGCUGCCCUUCCAGCGCCUGGUCAGGGAGAUCGCUCAGGACUUCAAGACGGACCUGCGCUUCCAGAGCUCGGCUGUCAUGGCGCUGCAGGAGGCCAGCGAGGCUUACUUGGUCGGCCUGUUCGAGGACACUAACCUGUGUGCCAUCCACGCCAAGAGAGUCACCAUUAUGCCCAAAGACAUCCAGCUGGCUCGCCGUAUUCGCGGGGAGCGCGCUUAAGCGACCACCUCUUGCUGCAU